GUUCUCCAAUAGCUCUUGAAGACUAUUUGGAUAACUCAUAUAAUGAUGUACCAUCAGAUAUUCAUAAUUUGUUUUUAACUCAAUUAGCAGCUAGAACAUUUGAAAUUGAUGUACCAAAAUCAAAGAGACAAAAAUUAAAUAUUUAA